AUGUCCUUAGAUCCGAGUCAACUUUCACAGCUAGAAGGGCUGUGUGAGUCUUUCUAUGGGGGAGAUGUUAAUCAGCAGAAGCAGGCUCAUGAGGUUUUGCUUCCCCUGACAUGUAAUCUUGGAUGUCUGACUCAGCUCCAAGCUCUGCUUGCCCAGAGCAGCAAUCCCCACGCCUUAAUGUUUGCUGCAACUGGACUUUCUAAGCUCUUCACGUCUUGUUGGGCUCAAAUUCCAGAUAACCAGAAGGAGGAAACCAAAACAUUUCUACUGAAUUACCUGUAUAAGUGCGGCCCUGAUAUGCUACGUUCAGCUCCCUAUUUGGUCGGCCACUAUGUACGUCUUUUGGCUCAGCUAGUUAAAUUCGGCCUUCUUGAUUCCCUCUCUCCCAGACCUACAAUUACUGAUCAAGUUGGCCAAUUUCUCAGUGCUUCCACUCCUCAUUGGAUUAUUGGUCUUAUCAUAUUCACAACUUUGACUCAAGAGAUGCAAACAUCCACGGGGUUAUAUUUUGCCAAAUACAGAAGAGCUGCAAUACUCUUCAGAGAUACCUCUCUCCCAGUGAUAUUCCAGAUCGCAAUCAAAACUCUUCGCCAAUUUCACUUAGGUAGUGUCUCUGUGUCAAACCAACACGAAGAAUAUAGACUUCUUCGUCAGGUCCUCCAAUUAACCCUCUGUUGCCUUUCUUAUGACUUUAUGGGUACAGUUCCAGAUGAGACAUCUGAAGAGCAGAACACCGUCAUGAUACCCCACUCCUGGACUAUCCUCAGAGAGGAAUAUAUACCUAUCAUUUUCUUUGACAUUUAUGCCAAGUGUUGCUCACCAAACAGUCCCAUGCCUGACUGUGCCUCUAUCUGUCUUCAGUGUCUCAUCCUCUACUCUUCAGUCAGAAGAUCCUUCUUUCCUACCCAGGCUGACAGAACCCGUUCUUUGGCAGCUCUUAUGACCGGUACUGCUGGGAUCAUUCAAACCAAGAUGGGUCUUGAACACGAGAGUUGCUAUCACGAACUUUGCAGACUUUUGGGAAAGCUCAACACAGCGAAUCAGCUCACAGAGCUCUCGUCAUCUGAGGCAUUUGGACUUUGGAUAGACCAAGUUUACAACUUUACUAUUAAGUCAUUGGAGGAGUGGAGCGUCUUGCCAAACAGUAAACACUAUCUCCUUGGUCUUUGGAGUCAUAUGGUCAUUCCUCUGCUUUACCAAGGGGACAGGGCUCCACAGAACCUUGAAAAAUAUAUCCACCAUAUAACUGUUACUUUCAUCCAAAGUAGGAUGAAGCUGGCUGAAGCCAUUGCCCGUGGCUCUGAUGUAGAAGAUCCUCUAGAAAGUGAAGUUGCAAGAACUGAACAACUAGACGUUCUUUCUCAGCUUAGCAGAUGUCAGUACCAUGAAACAGCGGAAUUCAUUGUCCAACUAUUCGAACAAGUCACUGAUGCAGCUAAAAAUGGUAGCAUCUCUCAAGAUUGCUUUAUUUCUCAGAUCACUUGGUGUGUUUAUAUGCACGGAGCUUUAAUAGGGGGACACAGCAUUAAGCUCAGAAGACCCUUACUUCCUGGCUCCUCUUCCUCAUCGGGAACUAGUAGACCUGAUCAAAAGAACCAGGUCUCACAUCAUGUUCUAAAUGGGAAACUUGCCAGACUAGUAUUUGGGCUUUCCCAACAAACUGACCAACUUGCUGAAACUCCUGAAUCUCUGGAGCUAGCCUAUCUCUAUUUCCUGGAGCAGUUUAGAAAAGUUUGCCUUGGAGACUACGCCAAACAAUUCAUACAACCUGAGACUGAGGAUGCCACUUUGGCAUCUAUACUCGGCGUCCAAUCCGAUGAUGAUGUAUUAAGCCUUAUAAUCAGCAAAAUUGGGAGAAAUCUACAGACCAAAAGUAACAUGGAGAGUGUAGUUCAAAAGACCCUUUCUCUCUUCCACGAAUUAGUGGCCGGAAUCUCAAUUGUCCAGUACACAGACAGGACCACCCAUUUGAUAGUCUCAGGACGACUUCUCCUCAAAAAUGAGCAGGUGAAGAAGAUACUCUGCAACCAUGCCUCUCCUGAGUUUGCUUUCCUGAAUAAUCCAAGGUAUGGAAGACACAGGACUUCUUACUAUUUCACACUUUCAAAGCUUUUAUUCUUGGACUCUAAGGAGGAGGAACCUGGAACACAGCCUAUUACAACUUUUGAAGACUUCAUGAAACCUUUAGAGAAGGUCUUUACUUUAAUAUGGGACGAAAUUAUUCUUGGAAAUAACUCUUCUUCCAAUGGCGGUGGAUAUAACAUUGUACAGUUCAAAAUUCCAUUGAUGGCCCUGGCCAGAGACUUAAGAGGCAUUUGCAUGGCCUGUGUAGGCGCUGAAAGCUAUAACCAAUUAUUCAAUUGGCUGGUUAACCGACCCAAACAACUCGGACAAAGCAGAAUUCACCUUUUCACUUGGGCAGCAGACAAACUUUGGGAGGAUUCUGAUGUAAUGAAUGCUCUACUUAAGUUUAUGUCUGAGUUUGUAGACAACAAAUCUCAGAGAAUCAACUUUGACAAAGCUUCUCCAAAUGGUAUUCUCUUAUUUAAAGAAGUCUCUUCUUUAAUUUGUACAUAUGGUUCUAGAAUCCUCUCUAAGCCUGACUCCUCCUUCCAAAACAUUUAUAAAGAAAAGUACAAGGGCCUGGCUACAACGCUGGCUAUGCUCUGUCAUGCUUUAUCUGGAGGAUAUACUAAUUUUGGUGUCUUUGAGGUUUACCAAGACCAGUCUUUAGAAAAUGCUCUUCAGCUUGCCUGUAGAAUGUGCCUGGUAAUUCCUGAACAUGAUCUACAGUCUUAUAUCAAGAGUCUGAAAUCCUAUUACGAAUUCUUGGAACUGGCCACCAGGUGCUUCAUGUCUACCUUCAUAACUUCCUUAGAGCCACAGAACCUUGCAACCAUCUGUUACUCAAUUGAAUCGGGUCUGUGUGCCGUUGACAAUGUAGUCCUCCUUGCUUGCUGUGCGACUCUGGAUCACUUCGUUAGCUUCAUUUUCACGACUCUUGAGAAAGAAAGGAUAGUCCUUCCAAACGGAAUGGGAAUUUCGAGAAAUAACGAUAACAUGAAUUGUGAGCUUGGUGGAGGUCUCCAGGGAGGAGGAAGUCCUUCCUUAAGCUCUCAAGGCUCCACCCCUGAAGGAAAAGCUGUAUAUAGGUUUAUGACUGAACAACCCAAUGCUUUGAUUAGAAUAAUGCAACUAAUGUUUAAUUUAAUCACCACCGGUGAUCUCAGUACUUGGACUUUCUCAAGGUCUCUGUUAGGAAUGAUUCUUCUGUUCAGUAAUGAAUUCCAAAAUAUCCAACAGCAGCUUAUUAACCAACAAAUUGACGAGAAGAAGGCCAAGUACCAAGCCCUCAUCCAAGACCUUCUUAAAGGGACGGAUGGAACCCUUUCAGCAGUUAGCAAAGACGCUUUUACAAGAAAUCUCCAUUUCUUUGCCCACUCAAUUCGUUCCAAUUCUCUUUAA